CUCGGAAACCCAGACCAUCACAGUUUCCGCCCCAGAGUUUGUGUUUGAGCAUGGCUACCAAACGUACGUGCCCAGUGAGAGCAGCGAGGCCCCAGCCACUGCUGUUGUCUCCACGCCGCCCAAGGCUCGUUCAAGGAAAUCUGCUGCCUCACUGACACAGAAGAAACUGAACUGCUGCUAUCCAGGUUGCCAGUUCAAGACUUCCUAUGGUAUGAAGGAUAUGGAACGUCAUCUGCGAACACAUACAGGAGACAAGCCCCAUAAAUGUGAGGUUUGCAACAAAUGCUUUAGCCGUAAAGAUAAGCUGAAGAUGCACAUGCGUUCCCACACCGGGGUGAAGCCUUACAAGUGCAAGCACUGUGACUAUGCAGCUGCCGACAGCAGCAGCCUCAACAAGCACCAGCGCAUUCACUCCAACGAACGUCCCUUUAAAUGCCAGAUCUGUCCUUACGCGAGCCGCAACUCCAGCCAGCUCACUGUGCAUCUCCGAUCCCACACAGGAGAUGCUCCUUUCCAAUGUCAGAUGUGUCCAGCUAAAUUUAAAAUCAACUCAGACUUGAAGAGGCACAUGCGUGUGCAUUCUGGUGAGAAGCCUUACAAAUGUGAGUUCUGUGAGGUCCGGUGUGCCAUGAAAGGCAACUUGAAAUCGCACAUUCGCAUUAAGCACAGCAUGGAAAAURCUCUGAAGUGUCCAGAAUGUGAAUUUCAGUGUGGGAACAAAACAAGCCUUCGGCACCACAUAAGGACUCAUCAGCCUGAGCAGCCAGUGAAGUGCUCAGAGUGCAACUACUCUUGCUCCAACAAGGCAGCUUUGAAGGUACAUGAGAGAAUUCAUUGCAAGGAUCGUCCUUUCAAAUGUGAAUUCUGCAGCUUUGAUACAAAGCAGAGGAGCAACCUGACAACUCACGUGAGGAAAGCUCAUGGAGACAAAGUCAAGACCAAGAAGCAAACUGUGGAGAAGAAAGAAGGAGACAGACCAAAACAAGGUAGCUCCAGGCAAGUUGCCAAGUUGGAUGCCAAGAAAGCAUUUAAGUGUGACCUGUGUGAGGCUUCCUUUGUCCGAGAAGAUUCCCUUAGGAGUCAUAAGAAGCAGCACAGUAUGUACAACGGGACUAAAAAUAAUGAACUAGCUGUUCUGCAGCUUCAGAUGGAUCCCAGUCGACAGAAUAGUGCCCCAAUUACUGUCAGUCACAUUCAGGUCCCACUUCAGGCUGCUCAGGUUUCUCCAUACAAUGAGGGAAGGGUCAAGAUCAUUGUGGGUCACCAGGUCCCUCAGGUUCAGGCUGCGUCGGUGAAYGUUGUGCCUCCUGCCUUGGUCGGCCAGAGUCAGGAAGAGCUGUCGGCCAACAGCCGCUUGCAGCUGCUGGGCCAAGUCAGCUUGUUGGCACCACCUCCUCCUGCCAUAUCUCAGAGCGACGCAGGGGCUGUGCCGCAGCCAGCAGUUCUGCUCACCGCUCAUGACCAAAGCGAUGGAAGUGCUUUGCACCCAACUCUGAUUCCUGCCGCUCCUGUCAGCAGUCACGAGGCUUCAGCAAACCCAGCUUUCAUCACCAGCUCUGCUAUCAGCUGCUCUGACUUAGAAGGCCUCAAUGCUUUAAUACAAGAAGGAGCAACAGAAGUGACAGUGGUUAGUGACGGAGGUCAGAGUAUCACUGUGUCUACGUCAGCUCCCCCUCCUCCUAUCUUUUCCUCAUCCUCUCACACAGAAGCCCCCAAGCAGACCUAUUCUAUCAUUCAGAGUGGAGCCCAUACAGCUUUGCUGUGUCCAGCAGACUCCAUACCAGAUUAAUCACAGAGUACCAUUGCUAAAGAAAUUUCAGUUUUCUGCAGCAAUGCUGAGGUCARUAGAACUGCAUAAGACAUAAAUGAAUGAAGAUUUUGUCCUAUAAAGCCAAAUACCUUCCACAUACACAUUUUACCUGUCUAUACAUAGAAACAUACAGCUUGUAUGUGGGAAAAGAGGAUGUGUGUAUUUACUUGCCUCUAUUAAAAUCAGAGGCUGUGUUCUUUGUAAAAUCUGAGUAUCUUUAAAAUUUCACCCAGCAGUAAGCUUUCUACAAUAUGAUUCUUGGUAAGAAAACAUCAUCUUACGACAAGUGAUCAUCACAGCAGAAACAAUGUUUUUCAUACACAUGCAGAAAGAUAAUAGUCCAAGCCACUCUGAAGUUUAUUUUUAAGCAAUGCUAGUAAUGUUUUGAUGAUUUGCUGUGGAUGCAUCAGCUGGACCUGGCUGAUAGUUAACUUUUUAGAAACACUUCGCAGCCAGGUCUAAUGUAGCCAAAAUGAAGGUUAUGGGACCAAUUCUGUAGUAUCAGUAGAAAUUGGUAGCACCUGGCAAUUAAUCUGGAAAUCCAGAAGCAGAUCAGGUAAUAUUUAUUUUAGAAGACAAAAUUUGUCCCUCUGUCACUAAUAACUACUUGUAUUCAUUAGGAAGAACAAAUUGCAGAUCAUGUGUAUGGCACCAUUAUCAUACAGUCACCUUUAUUUUAGAGAACAGAAUGACUACAAAUAUAUUUUUUACAAAUACAGUACUUUUUUGGUUAUUAUUUUGAUGUUGCCUUCAUAUUUCUUUAUGGUUGCAUGGAUGGAAAAAGUGCAUUGUACUUUUGGCUGUGUUCUUUUUCAAAUUAAGGAAAAGACAAGCUUGAGCUCGUUCCAAAAGAAGAAAAAUAGUAUUUCUGUUUCAAGGAUCAAAACUAACGUAAUUUCAGAUUAGAUCCCACUAAGAUAGUAGUUCACUAUUAAAAUGAUGUAUGUUUGUAUAAUGGCGUAAUAUGUGAAUUUAGGGAUGUAUUUUGAACUCUACAAUAUUAUAGUUCUGGCUGCUGAGCAUCUGUGUAAUGAUAGCUAAUGUCUUUUCUAAGAAAUUACCCAGUUAAAGAACAGGCUCCUCAGUUGGGAGAGUGGACAGCUCUGUAUUGCAGCAGCCUGGAUCUGCUGAAGUGAGAGAUUAUUUCACAGGCAGGCAGCAUCRCAAGGACAAUUGUUAACGGAGGUGAAGACUGAAAAGAGACUGUUAUUGAAACCAGGCGAGUCUAAGUUAAUUUAAACUUG